CCCGCCGCCUCAGGAGGGGAAGAAAUGUCACUGCUUCCGACACUCGCUCCCGAAACCUUGUACAGUCUCCGCUCGGAACAUUCCUCCUCGUCCCCGCACUUCUUCCUUCUCUCUCCAAACCGUAACCCUUAUUCCCGAUCUCUCACCUUCUCUUCACGAACCCCUCGGCGUCUCCCCUCCUCCCACGUCUCGGCAUCGGCCGCUGCCGCCGACCCAAACCCUAAACGUAAGGCCAAAGGCCGUCGGCCGCCGAAGCCCGACCCACCGCCACAAGGAACCGAGGCCGUCGAGGGCGGCCCCGGUGCCGGCGAUGCCUUCCCCACGACGAUACCGGGCAAGCCGAGGCGCGGUCGCAGGAGCGAGGCGGCGGCGGUGGAGGACUUCGUGAGGGAUCGGCUCGAGCGAACGUUCGCUUCGAUACGGGAGCAGAGCGCGGGGGUGCUGGAGGGGAAGGAAGGGGUGCUCAAGGAGAGGAGGACCGAGGAGGGCUCGGAGGGAGAGGGGAAGGCGGAGGAGGAGGUGGUGGUGGAGGAGGACGAUCCGGAUUGGCCUUUGGAUGCGGAUGUCGGGUGGGGAAUCAGGGCGUCGGAGUACUUCGAUAAGCACCCGAUCAAGAACGUGGUGGAAGACGGGGUAGAGAUCGAUUGGGAGGGGGAGAUGGAUGAGGGAUGGGUGAAAGAGAUCAAUUGCUUGGAGUGGGAAAGCUUCGCCUUCCACCCGAGCCCUCUCGUUGUUCUCGUGUUCGAACGCUAUAACAGGGCAGCUCAUAACUGGAAGUUGUUAAAGGAGCUGGAGAAGGCAGCUAAGGUAUAUUGGGAUGCUAAGGAUCGACUACCUCCGAGGACCAUCAAGAUUGACAUCAACAUCGAGAAAGACUUGGCUUAUGCUCUGAAUGUCAAAGCGUGUCCCGAGCUAUUAUUCUUGAAAGGAAACAAGAUUCUCUACAGAGAGAAAGAGUUUAGGACAUCAGAUGAAUUGGUGCAAAUGAUUGCACAUUUUUACUACAAUGCUAAGAGGCCAUCGUGGGUUGAUUCCGCAAGAGUGUCUUCUCCAUUUUGAAGUGUCUCCAGCUUGUUAACCUUAGCUCUCAACUAGCUUGAGGUGUUGAUGAUCGGUGACCCACCACAAUAUAAAUGGAGCAUCAGUUACCAGAGUCUUGGAUGACAUUUGUUCAUACUAGCUAGGUAAAAAGAAGCGCCUGUUAAGAAGGCACACGUCUAACAUCGCAAGUGUAGACAUGCACCCAAAGAGUUGCUCAAUAAGCAAAAAGAAAUUAAAGAAAAGAGUUAUUUU